GUGCGAAGGACUUAGUGUGCGGCCGGCCCUGUGCGGAAUGAUACCGAGCUAACUCCGCGCAGCCGGCGGCGGAGGAGCGCAUGUUGCUACCGCCGCGCGCUCUUAUAAAUCUAUAUAUAGAGGGAGGGAAGGCUCGAUUCAGUCAGAACGGUUGAGGGAAGGAAAGCUGUAUAGUGUUAGGAGUAGGGGAAGAGGAGGGAAAGGAAGGCCGAGUUGGGUGUCAGUGAAUUCUUUUAACACCUUCGUCUGAGUUGCUUUCUAAUACGAUCUCUGGUGUGGUAAAAUGGGUCCCCUUAUUGAUUCAUUCUUUAUCUCGAAGGGAGUGGGACGAACGGUCCCCUUUAGAGACGUUCGUAUAAAGCAACCUCCGUGAAACAGCCUUUUCCGCAGCCUCAAGAGGAAUGCAGAAGGCACCACCUUCACGGCCGCUGUGCUCCUCCUGCUGCAGCAGUUCCUCUUUGUAGUUGCCCUACCUUCUUCCUGCAGUACUCCGAGAACAUUUCAGAGGAAGGCAGACUACAGUCUUGCGGGAUCUACUUUGUACUUUACUAGAACUCCUAGAUCCACCAAUUGCAGCAAGAUGGUGUUCUAACACUGAAUACAGAGAACAAUAAUUAUACCCAGCAAGUCCCAAACUUUCGUAAGUGUGAAAUCUGUUUUCUGUCUUUUUCAAAAGACACACAAUUCCAGCGCCACAUGAGAGAUCAUGAGCAAAAUGACAAGCCUCAUCGAUGUAACCAGUGUCCAAUGUCAUUUAAUGUUGAGUUCAACCUUACACUGCAUAAAUGUACCCACAAUGGCGAAGAUCCUACUUGUCCUGUAUGCAACAAAAAAUUCUCCAGGGUAGCUAGUCUUAAAGCUCAUAUUAUGCUUCAUGAAAAAGAAGAGAAUCUUAUAUGUUCAGAGUGUGGAGAUGAGUUUACUUUGCAGAGUCAGUUGGCCCUGCACAUGGAAGAACAUCGUCAAGAAUUGUCUGGAAGCAAAGUCCAUAUGUGUAAAACUUGUAAGAAAGAGGUUGAAACUUCUUCCCAACUAAAGGAACACAUGAAAACUCAUUACAAAAUAAGGGUAUCAAAUACCAGGUCAUACAACAGAAAUAUUGACAGAAGUGGGUUUACAUAUUCAUGUCCACAUUGUGGAAAGACUUUCCAGAAACCAAGUCAAUUGACACGACAUGUUCGAAUACACACAGGAGAAAGGCCAUUUAAAUGUAGUGAAUGUGGGAAAGCAUUUAAUCAGAAGGGGGCAUUACAAACCCAUAUGAUUAAACACACUGGUGAAAAGCCCCAUGCAUGUGCCUUUUGUCCUGCAGCCUUUUCUCAGAAAGGCAAUCUUCAGUCACAUAUUCAGAGAGUUCAUUCAGAGGUGAAGAAUGGCCCUACUUAUAACUGUACAGAGUGCAGUUGUAUCUUCAAAAGUUUAGGCAGCUUAAAUACUCAUAUCAGCAAGAUGCAUAUGAAUAGCACACAAAAUACAACAAGUUCUACUACAGAAACACCUCACAUUACAACGGAUUCUGUGGCCCAGCCUGUGACAUUAACAACAGUUAAUUUGUUGCAGCCUGUUGAUAAUAAAUGGAAGAAUACAGAAAAUCCAGUAACUUCAGUUACAGGACAUCAAGGUCAGCAGUCUGUAACUGAUGUUAUUCAGCAACUCCUUGAGUUGUCAGAGCCAGUCGAAAAUAAUCAGUCCCAGCAACCUGGUCAGCAACUCAGUAUGGCUGUGGGAAUCAACAGAGACAUUUUGCAGCAAGCUUUGGAAAAUAGUGGGCUGUCUUCAAUUCCUGUCUCAACAAAUGCGGACUGCAAUGAAAGUAAGACUUCUUCAAGUCAGGAUGAAAAUGCAGAUGUUCAGAAUCUUUCCGGUCAUCAAGUCAACUCUACCAAUGCAGAACAAGUUAAAGAGCUAGAAAAUCCAGAUAAAGCAGAGAAAAAGGAGAAAAGGGUUCUGAAGAAAAAAUCCCAGUUUUUACCUGGUUCCAUACGUGAGGAAAAUGGAAUACGAUGGCAUAUUUGUCCAUAUUGUUCUAAAGAAUUUAAAAAACCCAGCGAUCUAGUGAGACACAUUCGCAUUCACACUCAUGAAAAACCAUUCAAAUGUCCACAGUGUUUCCGGGCUUUUGCUGUGAAGAGUACCCUCACAGCACACAUAAAAACACACACUGGUAUUAAGGCAUUUAAGUGCCAGUACUGCAUGAAGUGUUUUUCUACCUCAGGAAGUUUAAAGGUGCAUAUUCGUUUGCAUACAGGGAUUAGACCUUUUGCUUGCCCACACUGUGAUAAAAAAUUCCGAACUUCUGGACACAGAAAGACACACAUUGCCUCUCAUUUUAAACACACUGAACUGAGAAAAAUGCGACAUCAGCGUAAACCUGCAAAAUUUCGAAUAGGAAAGUCCAGUGUUCCGGUACCUGAUAUUCCUUUGCAAGAACCUAUACUCAUCACAGAUUUAGGUCUUAUCCAGCCAAUCCCAAGAAAUAGCCAAUUCUUCCAAAAUUACUUCAAUAAUAAUUUUGUGAAUGAAGCAGAUAGGCCAUACAAAUGUUAUUACUGUCAUAGAGCGUACAAAAAGUCUUGUCAUCUUAAACAGCAUAUCCGAUCACAUACUGGUGAGAAACCAUUCAAAUGUUCUCAGUGUGGAAGAGGUUUUGUGUCUGCUGGAGUGUUGAAAGCACAUAUUCGAACACACACAGGAUUAAAAGCUUUCAAAUGUCUUAUCUGCAAUGGGGCUUUCACAACUGGUGGGAGUCUGCGAAGACACAUGGGCAUCCAUAAUGACCUUCGACCAUAUAUGUGCCCAUAUUGUCAAAAAACAUUCAAAACCUCAUUAAACUGCAAAAAACACAUGAAAACCCAUAGGUAUGAGCUUGCGCAACAGCUGCAACAGCAUCAGCAAGCUGCUUCAAUUGAUGAUACAACAGUAGAUCAACAGAGCAUUCAUAUUUCUACUCAGAUGCAAGUUGAGAUUGAAAGUGAAGAACUGCAGCAAACGGAAGCUGUUACAACAGAUCAAGAAACUAUUUUAGAUUUGGACCACCAGCAGGUUGUAGACUCGGAAGAAACCGGACUGAGGCCACAAUUGACUGAUCAACCAUUAGGUCAAGAUGAAGAUAGAUUUGUGGCAUCCCAGCAUGCACUGCAAGAGAAUAUGAAUCAAUUUGAACAGCAGAGUAUAGCACAGCAAUCAUUUGAUCAGCAAGGAUUAUCACAAGGUUUUACAGUUAAUGAUGGCUACAAUCAGCCAAAUCAAUUUCCAGCAGUACAGCAGCUUCAGGAUUCAAGCACCCUUGAAUCCCAGGCUCUUUCAACAAGUUAUCACCAACCAAAUCUGCUUCAAGUUCCUGCACCAGAGGCUAUUAAUGUAACUACCCGUCUGAUUCAAGAUCAGUCACAAGAACUUGACCUGCAUAAUCAACGCUCUCAGUUUCUGGAAGAUCAUGAAGAUCAAAGCAAGCGUUCUUACAGGUGUGAAUAUUGCAAUAAGGGGUUUAAGAAAUCCAGCCACUUGAAGCAGCAUGUACGUUCGCACACUGGGGAGAAGCCUUAUAAAUGCCAAUUGUGUGGACGAGGAUUUGUUUCUUCUGGAGUUCUUAAAUCUCAUGAGAAGACUCAUACAGGAGUUAAAGCAUUUAGCUGCAGCAUUUGCAAUACAUCCUUCACUACUAAUGGAAGCCUUACUAGACAUAUGGCAACUCACAUGAGCAUGAAACCAUACAAGUGCCCAUUUUGUGACGAAAGUUUCAGAACCACAGUUCACUGCAAAAAGCACAUGAAAAAGCAUCAAACUGUGUCUUCAACAGCAGCAACAGGUGGAGAAGCACCAGGAGGAGAAGAUGAUGAUGAGACCUCUGAAAGAACUACUUCUAGAAAAUCUAGACCUGGUGUUAUCACUUUCACAGAGGAAGAAACAGCAGAACUUGCAAAAAUUAGGCCCCAAGAAAGUGCAACUGUUUCUGAAAAAGUUCUUGUCCAGUCUGCUGCAGAAAAGGACAGAAUUAGCGAAAUCAAAGACAAACAAGCAGAAAUGGAAGCUGAGCCAAAAUAUGCCAACUGUUGUACUUUCUGUCCCAAAAGCUUUAAAAAACCUAGUGACUUAGUCAGGCACGUGCGCAUCCAUACAGGUGAAAAACCAUAUAAAUGUGAUGAAUGUGGGAAGAGUUUUACUGUAAAGUCUACUCUGGAUUGUCAUGUAAAAACACACACAGGUCAGAAACUCUUCAGUUGCCACGUGUGCAGCAAUUCGUUUUCUACAAAAGGUAGUCUGAAAGUGCAUAUGCGCUUACAUACUGGAGCAAAGCCCUUUAAAUGUCCUCACUGUGACUUGCGAUUUCGAACGUCUGGACGCAGGAAGACCCACAUACAGUGUCACUUUAAACCAGAGGCCAAGAAGGUCAGGAAACCUGUUCCUCGUACACCAUCUGAGGGACUACAGCCAGUAAAUCUUCUUAAUUCAUCCUCAGCUGAUCCCAAUGUCUUCAUCAUGAAUAAUUCUGUUCUGACAGGCCAAUUUGACCAAAAUUUGCUUCCACAAGGUCUUGUUGGUCAGGCUAUACUUCCUGCUUCAAUGUCAGCUGGAGGUGAUUUAACUGUAUCCUUGACAGAUGGUAGUUUGGCAACCCUUGAAGGAAUACAGUUACAGCUUGCUGCUAACUUGGUUGGACCAAAUGUUCAAAUUUCUGGAAUAGAUCCUACCACCAUUAACAACAUUACAUUACAGAUUGAUCCCAGUCUUUUGCAGCAGACAUUACAACAGGGUAAUGUACUUACCCAGCAGCUAACUGGUGAUCCCAGUUUGGCAACUCAGAAUGCCUCCCUCCAGACAACAGAUAGUUCAGUGCCAACAAAUGUGGUAAUACAACCUUUGUCAAGCUUAACCUUACAGCCCACUGUUGCCUCUUCAGCAAAUAUGACAAUAGGACCUAUAUCUGAGCAGGAAUCUGUAUUGACUACUAGUACUACUGGUUCUCAAGAUCUCUCUCAGGUCAUGACUUCACAGGGUAUGGUAUCAACCCCAAAUGGUCAACACGAGAUUACAUUAACAAUAAAUAAUUCAAGUCUGAGUCAUGUUUUAGCUCAUGCUUCUAGUACAACUACUACAAAUUCAUCAGGAACUCCUCAGGAAAUUACCCUUACUAUAUCUGGCCAAGAUCUUAUUCAGCAUAAUUCCUCUGGAAGUAAUGAACUGAAUGGGAAUCUACGACUGGCAACACCAGCUAUCAGUAAUCAGUCAACAGGUGCUACAUUGACAAUAAGUAAUGAUCAGCUCCUCUCUCAGAGUCCAGCACUGAACAGUAGUUCAGAGCUUAAUGCAUCAAGCGGUAACCUUCCUUCAACAACACCCAUCUCUCAACCAGCUCAGAAUUUAGUAAUGUCAUCACCAGGAGUCGGAGAUGGUAGCGUCACAUUGACAUUGGCUGAUACUCAAAGUAUGUUAUCUGCUGGUCUUGAUGCAGUUACACUUAACAUCACAUCACAGGGACAACAGUUUCCUGCUUUACUGACAGAUUCUAGUCUCUCUGGACAAAGCACUUCAAGCUCUCAGCAAGUUAUUCUAGUGAGUCAUACUCCACAUUCAAUACCUACAAACCAGGAUGAAUUAGCAUAUCAGGUGAGUGAGAUUUCCCCAAGCCUGCCUAAAGGUAUUCAGGCUGAAAAAGAGUCCCGUGUGCACCAGUGUUUUGAAUGUAGUCAAACUUUUUCUUCAGCUGCCAUGCUAAUGCAGCACAGUAAAGAAGUUCAUGGAAAAGAAAGAAUCCAUGUUUGUCAUAUUUGCAAUAAAGCCUUCAAACGAGCAACACACCUUAAGGAACAUACGCAGACUCAUCAGGCUGGACCAUCACCCAAUUCCCAAAAGCCAAGAGUAUUUAAAUGUGAUACUUGUGAAAAAGCCUUUGCUAAGCCAAGUCAACUGGAAAGGCAUAGUCGCAUUCAUACAGGAGAGCGACCGUUUCAGUGCACAUUGUGUGAGAAAGCUUUUAACCAGAAGAGUGCAUUGCAAGUUCAUAUGAAAAAACACACCGGAGAAAGACCAUACAAAUGUGAUUAUUGUGCAAUGGGAUUUACCCAGAAAAGCAAUAUGAAGCUUCAUAUGAAACGAGCCCAUGGCUAUUCUGGCACGGUACAAGAAUCUACCAGUCAUCAAGGACAAGAAGGAGAAGACAUUAAUCGAGCUCUGAACUUGGAAGAGGUUGUACAAGAAUCUUCAAAUGAAUGGCAGAGUAUAACCAAUAUUUUUUGAUGGCAACCAAGGUGAAAGCUUGAAAUGCUUUCAGGACUAGAGUUUUUCUAAAAAUAGUCAUCUGUGGAUUUUUAUUAUUAAAACCUAACAUAUUGAAAAUAAUAAGAUAAUAUAGCUUUUUAAAUUUUACAAAACCAACAAAAGAAUUGUUGUUUUUUGUAAGCUUGGAGGAUAUUGGAGACUCACCAGAUACACUUUGCUAUAUUGACUACAAUCAGUGAUCUCAGGUACAUGGAACUUGCUCAUCUUUCGAAUCCAAAUCCACCAUAAGUGUAUUCACUUAAAAAACAAAGACACACACCCAGACCUUUAUAUUGGUGAAUGCUGAUUGGAAGGUAGACCAUAUGGAGAUUCUGCCAAUCAUGAGGAAUUCCUGACUGUUUAAAAUUAAUUGGAAGAAAAAUGAUCUCACAAUUAGUUGCAUGCAGUAGAGCAGCCUUUCCCAACCAGUGUGCCUCCAGAUGUUGUUGGACCACAACUCCCAUCAGCCUCAGCCAGCAUUGCCAAUGGUCAGGAAAGAUGGGAAUUGUGGUCCAACAAUAUUUGGAGGCACACUGGUUGGGAAAGGCUGCAGUAGAGAAUUCAUAUUAAAAUACAGCAUUAAAUGCCUUAGUCCAUUAAUUGGUAUUACAUAAUGAUGCUGCUGGUGUUGACAUGUCAGAAAAUGAUGGGCCAUAUUCAUUUUGUUAAUGUUACUUUUUAUUAAUUUCUUAAUUGUACAUGUUUAGCUUUACAUUCAGCAAUAAUUCACAGAAAACCUAACUAACAACAGCAGAGGCUCCAUGAACAACAAAUACAUAUAUUUUCUGUGUAUGUCUUAAAGCUCAGCAGCUUUAGCUGGCUAACUAUGAAAACAUAAGCCAUAAGUUAAAGAUGGUAGGACAUACAAAACUGUACCUUCUUGUGACCAAACCAAGUGAGCUGCAACAUAGGUUGUAUCAGUUGACACAGGUUGGUCUCUCCAACAGAUACCUCCCAAUUAAUAAAAAACAUGAUUUUGUUGCCAUUCAAAUUGGGAGCCUUUUAACACAUUUUAAAACUACCUAGGCCUUUCAGUAUUUUUCUGAAAAGCCCCAUAGAAAAGCUUAUAUAUCUAAAGAAACACUGGAAUAAAGAAUUUUCUGUUUUAAACAUUCCAAAGACAGAAGGAUCUUGCUUAACUUUACUUUAAAUUUUUGAAUUUCUUUAUAUGUUAUAUAUGUGUGUGUGUGUGUGUGUAUAUAUAUACAGAUAUUUAAGCCUCUAUGUGGCUGUUAAGUAUAUUUUGUAAAUAACAAUCCUAAUUAUAGGAAGUGUUCAUAAAGUUUCCAACUUCAAGUGAACACUUCAAAAUCAGUAUUAAUUCAUUUUAUUGUAAUGUAGACAUGUUAUAUCUUUCUGAAAAAUAAUUGCUUUUUAUUUGCUCUCAGUUCCAGAAAGAAGCUAUCUGUACAUAUAAUUUAUACUUUGUGUAUUAUAAGACUAGUUCUUUCUAUUUCCUGAAGGAGAAAAAUCACUGCUUUGAUAGGAGAUCUCAUAAUUCUUUUGUUAACU